AUGAGUCGUGAAGAGAGGCGACCGAGGAGGUCAACUGUUGAGGGUGAUGCCGAGAAAAGCCGCGACGAGCCUGGGACAAGCAACGAAUCCUGGGGAAGGUCGAAAAAAACGCCGAUGUUGGAUUCAAGACCGCUUGACCCGUCUGAGGUACUAGCAGGACGGGAGAUUGGGGUAGCAAGCGCCGAAGGGGAGGCAAGUCGAGAAGAGGAGGCUAGCAGACAGGUGGGAUGUGGAGGGCGAUGGGAAUCAUCGGGGGCUCACCACAAUCAACGACGAGCCCUGCAAAAAGGAGAGACCGUAAUCUAUGAUUACUCAGUCCGCGCCCAUGCUUGGCACUCGCGGGCCAAUCACUGGUCUGCGUUUGGCGCUGAACUGGUCUUGAAUACAGCAAUCGGUAUCAAUACCUGUUCCAGCGGUAUGGCCACGACCAACGGAGUACUAUUUCCCUUCUCCACACCAUACAUCCUCCAUGAUCUUUGCAGGCCAAAUCUGCUUGUCGCGCAAUACGGAGUACUAGCAAAAGCUCGGGCUUCAGAAAGCAAAAGCCUUUACCGCUACAUGGCGAAGCUGCAAAAGCUACGUCUUGAGCUUCAAAGCGGUGAUAGAGCGAGAAUGAGAGUGACAUAG